CCGGGGGCGGGGCCUGUGUGAGGAGCGCUCCGAGGGGUUUCGCUCCGGCCCGGCCCGGCUCGGCACGGCCCCGCCGCAGCCAUGAUCCACAGCCUGUUCCUCAUCAACGCCUCGGGGGACAUCUUCCUGGAGAAGCACUGGAAGAGCGUGGUUAGCCGCUCCGUCUGUGAUUAUUUCUUUGAGGCGCAGGAGCGGGCCUCGGAGGCGGAGAACGUGCCGCCGGUGAUCCCCACGCCUCACCAUUACCUCCUCAGCGUCUACCGGCACAAGAUCUUCUUCGUGGCCGUCAUCCAGAGCGAGGUGCCGCCGCUCUUCGUCAUCGAAUUCCUGCACCGAGUCGUGGACACCUUCCAGGAUUAUUUUGGUGUCUGUUCAGAGGUGAUAAUCAAGGACAAUGUUGUGGUGGUUUAUGAGGUGCUGGAGGAGAUGCUGGACAAUGGCUUCCCAUUGGCAACAGAGUCCAAUAUUCUGAAGGAACUGAUAAAACCUCCUACUAUUCUGAGAACAGUCGUCAACACCAUCACAGGAAGCACAAAUGUGGGUGACCAGCUUCCCACUGGACAGCUCUCAGUGGUGCCCUGGAGACGUACUGGUGUCAAAUACACCAACAAUGAGGCCUAUUUUGAUGUGGUUGAGGAGAUAGAUGCAAUCAUUGACAAAUCAGGUUCCACUAUUACUGCUGAAAUCCAAGGAGUGAUUGAUGCUUGUGUCAAGCUGACUGGGAUGCCCGACCUUACCCUCUCCUUUAUGAACCCUCGGCUGCUGGAUGAUGUCAGCUUCCACCCCUGUGUGCGUUUCAAGCGCUGGGAGUCAGAGAGGAUCCUCUCCUUCAUUCCCCCUGACGGCAAUUUCCGCCUGCUCUCCUACCAUGUCAGUGCUCAGAACCUCGUGGCAAUUCCUGUCUAUGUCAAGCACAACAUCAGUUUUCGUGACAGCAGCUCCCUGGGACGCUUUGAGAUCACAGUGGGGCCAAAGCAGACCAUGGGCAAGACUGUAGAGGGGGUGAUGGUCACCAGCCAGAUGCCAAAAAGUGUCUUAAAUAUGACCCUCACACCCUCCCAGGGAACACAUGCCUUUGAUCCAGUUACAAAGUUACUGUCAUGGGAUGUUGGGAAAAUCAACCCCCAGAAGCUGCCAAGUCUGAAGGGGAGUGUGAGCCUGCAAGCUGGGACAUCAAAACCAGAUGAAAACCCCACCAUUAACCUGCAGUUUAAAAUUCAGCAGCUGGCUAUAUCUGGACUGAAGGUGAAUCGCCUGGACAUGUAUGGGGAGAAGUACAAGCCCUUCAAGGGGAUAAAAUACAUGACCAAGGCUGGCAAGUUCCAAGUCCGAACCUAGAGGCUCCUGAGAGCAAGGAAGAGCACUUUUCCUACUCCCCCUGUCCUCCUGAGAGCAAGGAAGAGCACUUUUCCUACUCCCCCUGUCCUCCUGAGAGCAAGGAAGAGCACUUUUCCUACUCCCCCUGUCCUCCUGAGAGCAAGGAAGAGCACUUUUCCUACUUCCCUUCUCCUCCUGAGAGCAAGGAAGAGCACUUUUCCUACUCCCCCAGUCCCUGGCUGUUGGAUGCAGCCUCCUAUCCCACCCAUCUCUUUAGGGUUGCUCCCUUGUCUGUAGUAGCAUAAGCAGGAAAGUGCUCAGAGUGCUGGAAAGCAGGGAGAAGUAAGGUUGACCUGAAACCACCUCAUCCCUACCUGAGUCUGAAGUUUUUUGGAACAAUAGCAGAUGGGAGAGUUGCUCAGGUCCCUUAGGAUUAGCAAGUCAGCUCUGUAAGCUUGUAUCACCUUCAUUUUGCUGUCUUAGAGGAAAUUCUAGGGAUUUAUGGCCUUUUGUAGCUCCUCUUCCUUGUAUUUUGUUUGACUUUUAUCCUGUUGUACAUGCUACAAAGUUGAAUUUCCACAAACUUCAAUGUGAUGAUCCAGCAUCUGCAUUCCUGUGUCACUGGGUUAGGGGUAGAGCUGUGUAGCUCUUGCCAGCAGGGAGAACAUUUAGCUGUUCUGCCUCAAAAGCACUGGAAGAAACUGGAAGAUUGUUCUGCCCAGGAUGGGAAGUUGAGAAGCCUGAGAUUGGGAAUGGUGCCACAAAGAGAAGAAAGGAAGAACUGCAUUCUCUCUCUAGGUAUUUCAUAUGGCAUCCUGGUCAAGGAUCUUGAGUCUCUGAAUACAGACUUGAAAUAUUGUAACUGAUGGGCAGUGGUAUCUCCGUGUAAUUCUGCUUUUCCUGUUAUUGCACCAGUGUUUGAAGGUGGGAAUUCUCCUGGCUCAUUUGGGGAAUCAGAAGAGACAGAAAGGGGAACUUCUGUGGAGACAGCACUGAUGGAAUUUGAAGCUGUAGCUACAUGAAGAUAACCCCUGUCCCAGUAACUUGUUGGAAGCUCUUUUUGCCUCUCCUUUCCUAUUGCAGAUGAUGGUGAUAGUGCUGUUUUCCUGCUCACUGAGUCUUCCUUUGGUCCCUUUGUAGUGUUCCUCCUGUCCUACCUCAUUUCAGUUUCUGUACCAGUCAGGUGCUGUGCAGAUGGAUUCCAACCUGUGCCAGAUUUCUCACUGGGAUCAUCUCUUCCUCAGGAGCUGUUGCUGUCUCUGCCCAUCCCAGCCUGUGGUCCAUCCCUGUGUACUCAGAAAUGGGAAAUGAGAGGCACCUGCACUGUUUUAUUGUCUGUAACAGCCCUGUGGCCACUACAUGCCAAUCUGCUUUCUCUUGCUAGCAGAACUUGCACUAAGCUGCUGCACACACGUGGCUGUGGAGUCCAGUCCAUGUUUGUGAACAGAACAGGGUGACCCUGACUGAGGGAGAGCAUUCAUUCCACCUUGCAUGUGGUGACACCUCAGGAGUGUUAUCUUGCUUGUGGGAUUGCUGGUUCCUGCUGCAGGAUCCCAUGGCAGGUGGUGUUACUGCUGAGCAUGUUCAGUGCAAGCAAAACCUUCAACAAUAAAAUUAAUUUUUACAUGUCAUCUGUGUCAUUUCAGAGUGGUUUGUGCAGGCUUUAUAAGAAAUAAAGUUGGUAUUUGAGGAGGAAUGCAAAUUAUGCCAAUUUGAUUGUGUGAAGUGGGUGCCUUAGGGAGAUAAAUGUCUUUAGGCAGUUGGCAUUGUAAACCUGGCACUAAGUUGCUGUCUGAAAAAUUGAAACUAAUUGCUUUCUUGGUAAUUUUUGUGUUUCCCAAAAGGAGUGCUGAGCAUUUCCUAGAACCUCAAGUGAAAAUGUCUUUAGGAAUGCAGCUGAACCAUUUUUGUUUACUGUGUU